AUGUCUUCGCCGGCGGCUACCACACCCACCAUCCCGUCUCUGCCGCCCAAGCCUGAAACUGAACCAGAACAAAAGGUCUCCAGACGACGAUGGUCAAGGUCGCCUCCCACCGGACCGCGUAACAGGGCCCCUAAAUCUCCAGUCGUGCCGGGAACGCCGCCUCAGAUCGCACAACCAGUGCCCAGCCUGCCGCCUAAACCGGAAUGGACCCGUCGCAACACCGCCGCUCAACCUGCGAAGACGGAAAGCCCCGCCCCCGCUUCUGCCGCAGUACCAGAAGCCACGGGCUCCGAGUUUGUCAUUCCCAAGUACCAACCCAAACCCAAUGUUACCGCCGACAUCGAGGCUGAGAUUGCGCGCAUUCGCUCACACCGCACGCAUCUGGAGAGCGAGUACGUGCAAAUCGCCGCGGCCACCCGGCGCGCGCUGCAUGAGUACGAGCUGUCAACGCACGACUUGAAGAUGGCCGAGAAGCGGCGGGAGCUCGCCGAUGCCGCGCUCGAGAAGGCUCGGUUUGGCACGCUGGGCAUGGAUUACGUCUCCUAG